AUGUUCUCUGGGUUCUCUAUUGGUUCUCUGGCUCCGGCGGUGCUCCGGUGUGAGGUGUGACGUAACGUCAACCUAACCUUGUGUUAUCGAACCAAAAAUAUCAGCUGGAUAACAUUUUUUGGCACUUUCUUACUUUUUCAGGAGUCUAGUAUUUUCGAAGACAGCUAGAUCCCAAAUUUGUCAGGAUGUCGGAGUACAAUCCACCGAGUGAGACCGGUGGGGUUAGGCCCAUGACCAUCGCUGGUCGUAUGAUUUCAGAACGAGAACGUCUCCAGGGCAUGUCAGAUGUUGAAAGAGCUUGGCGAGCGCAAUGGCUCAAGGAUCAAAUACUUGCCCCUGAGGAACCUGUUGUACCUGCUAAUUAUUAUGAAGAACGUUACAACGUCUUGAGAAGAUUUUACAUGGCACCACUGAAUAAAGUUGAAGCAGCACUUCGCAAACCUCUGGGAGAUACUACAGCAGCUUUCGUUCGCUAUGCUUUUGGAAGAACAGUAUUAGGCGUUUUGAUAAUCUGGGCUGGCUGGUAUCAUUUGAAAUACAAUCGUGGUGAUUGGACAAAGAAAUCAUCAUUGAAAAUAUCGAUGGACCGAAAAUGUCUUUUCCCGAGUGACAAGGAAUACCCCCAUUAUACAAGAUACAAAGAUUCUGAUUACGGCGAUUUCGGAUUCAAAGACUCUCCCAUAUAAACAUAGAAUUGAAAGUAGUUCUUCAGUAAUUGUUGCAUAUGAUAAUAUUACUGUAACAAUAAUCAUGUAUAUUAAAAAAAUUGCAGUACGGGA